AUCCAAUUCAAGCUGAAAUAGAAACAUAUAUCUUCACCACCAAGCUAAGAAUGGCUCAUCAUACCAACCCAUCCUUUUUCUUGCUUUUCUUGAUCACUCUGUCAACGGUGGCGAUCGGCACCAUUCAAACCGAGGCCAGACACCUUCUGGAGACAACCUCGCCGGAACUUCCUAAGCCUGAAAUCCCAACAUUACCAAAGCCUGAGAUCCCAGAAAUUCCAAAGGUCAAGCUGCCUGAAAUCCCCAAAUCUCAAGUACCAGAGAUUCCAAAGCUUCAGGAGCCGGAAAUUCCAAAGCCCAAGAUGCCUGAAAUUCCCAAACCUCAAGUACCGGAGAUUCCAAAACCUCAAAUGCCGGAAAUUCCAAAGCCCAAGAUGCCUGAAAUCCCCAAGCCUCAAGUACCGGAGAUUCCAAAGCCUCAGGUGCCGGAAAUUCCAAAGCCUAAAAUGCCUGAAAUCCCCAAACCUCAAAUACCGGAGAUUUCCCAAGUGCCGGAGAUUCCAAAACCUAAGUUGCCUGCAUUUCCCAAGCCAGAGCUCCCAAAGAAGCCAUGAUUUCUUAAACGUUUGCUUAUCAUCAUGCCUUUAGAAUCUUAAAUUCUCCAGAAUUUUCACUUCAUGAUAUACAAUACAUUCAUCUUAUAGUAUUACAUUUCAUUUCAUGUAUACACUCCCAUAUUGAACCAAUUGGUGCAUGUUGUUCUCAGAAUCGCAGUUGUACUCGUUUAUGUCAGUAGUGAAUAAUAACUAGCUGCAUGCAUAUCAUGCACAUUUGUAUUUAUAAAAAGUACCUCUUGUGUUUCAUUAA